AUCUGGAUACAUGCCGACAGAUGUGCUCUGGAUUGGCAUGAAUGACCAAAAGAACCAGAUGCUCUUUGAAUGGUCCGAUCACUCACAUGUCACCUUUACCCAGUGGCAGAGUGAUGAGCCCUCUCAUCUCACCAGCUUCCAAGAGGACUGUGUCCUGAUUCAAGGAAAGGAUGGUAAGUGGGCAGAUCACACUUGUGAGAAGUUGCAUGGAUAUAUGUGCAAGAAGAAGGCCUCGGCUAAACCAAUUGGAGGCAGUCUAGCAGAAGUCAACAAAGGGUGCACUCUUGGAUCAAUCAGGUUUGGUUCAUACUGUUAUAACAUCGGAGCUGAGAAAAAAACCUUUGAAGAGGCAAAGCAGGCAUGCUCAGGGGCUGGUGCGAACCUGGUGGAUGUGUCUGAUAGAUAUGAGAAUGCUUUUCUGGUCAGUUUGGUGGGCUUGAGACCAGAGAAGUACUUCUGGACAGGCUUAUCGAACACAGAAGACAGAAACAUGUUCAAAUGGAUGACUGAAAGAGCGGUCACGUUCACUAAUUUCAAUGUGGGAAUGCCAGGUACACCUUAGACUCUUUAACCUUAUACAC